UAGUGGGCAGCAGUAUCAGGCUGGAGCGAGUGUGCAGGAGGAGUGGAUUAGCGGCUUCCCCGGGCCCUGCCUCUCGGCGCUGUGGGAGUGAGAGGGGCCCCGCUAAUAUCCAGUAACAUUCAUUCUCCCUCCUCCCAGUCUCCGAGCUGCUGUCAGGCGGCCCCGGACAUGUGCGCUGAGCGGCGGCGGCGGAGGGACUGACAGACUCGGGGCUAGCGGGGGAGCCGUCACAUCUCUCUGUCACCAGCCGGGGCAGCAGCAGCAGCUUCUCACACUCUUGCCCAAACUUCCAGCGGAGCCGGUGCGACUUUGACACAGGGGGGUGGACGCGUCUUCCCUUUAUUUUUUGACUUGUUGUCGCUCCCCCUAUUGUGUGCGCUUCCGCCUGGCACCAAUCAGACCGGCGGCGGCGGCGGAGGAGGAGGAGGCGGGAGUGAGUCGCCAUGUUUUCCCCUCCCGUAAGCAGCGGCAAGAAUGGACCAACUUCCCUGGCAAGUGGACAUUUUUCAGGAACAAAUGUAGAAGACAGAAGUAACUCAGGAUCCUGGGGGAACAGUGCACAUCCAAGUCCAUCUAGAAAGCUGUCAUGCAGUGUGCAAGCCAGCGUGCAUAGCCAUCCACCCCGGAGGUGGCUGCAUAGUUACGGGGAAGGAACCCAUUUUGAACACAUGACCAGCAGGGAUCUGAGCUCGCACUCACACGACAAUCUCUCGUCACCGUUCGUCAACUCAAGAAUACAAGGCAAAUCAGAUAGAAAUUCAUAUUCCUGUUAUGGGAGGGAUUCCGAAUUGCAGGGCUGCCAUCAGCAAAGCCUUCUCGGAGGGGAUAUGGAAAUGGCAAACACAGGAGCACUUUCGCCUACGAAACCUGGAUCACAAUACUAUCCGUACUCAAGCAAUAACCCCCGGAGGAGGCCUUUUCACGGUAGUUCAAUGGAAGUGCAAGCCAAGAAAGUCAGGAAGGUGCCACCUGGACUACCAUCUUCGGUUUAUGCCCCAUCAGCAAGCACUGCCGACUACAAUAGGGACUCGCCAGGUUAUCCAUCCUCAAAGCCAGCCACCAGCACUUUUCCCAGUUCCUUCUUCAUGCAAGAUGGUCACCAUAGCAGUGACCCAUGGAGUUCAUCCAGUGGAAUGAACCAAGCUGGUUAUGGAGGGAUGCUUGGCAACUCUUCUCAUAUUCCACAGUCAAGCAGCUACUGUAACCUGCAUCCACAUGAACGAUUGAGCUAUCCAUCACACUCCACAACUGACAUCAAUUCCAGCCUUCCUCCAAUGUCUACAUUUCAUCGCAGUGGCACAAAUCAUUACAGUACCUCCUCCUGCACGCCACCGGCCAAUGGGACAGAAAGCAUAAUGACAAACAGAGGGAGUGGGACGGCGGGGAGCUCGCAGACCGGUGAUGCGCUGGGGAAAGCACUUGCCUCUAUUUAUUCUCCAGAUCACACCAACAACAGCUUCUCAUCAAACCCAUCAACUCCAGUUGGGUCUCCACCUUCUCUAUCAGCAGGCACAGCUGUUUGGUCAAGGAACGGAGGACAGACUUCUUCAUCUCCAAACUACGAAGGCCCCUUGCACUCUCUAACACAGCAAAGUCGAAUUGAGGACAGAUUGGAAAGACUAGACGAUGCAAUUCAUGUGUUACGGAACCACGCAGUGGGUCCUUCAACGUCUAUGCCAGGAAGCCACAGCGAGUUACAUAGUCUAAUAGGUCCCUCUCACAAUGGUGCAAUGGGUGGCAUUGGAUCAGGAUAUGGAACAGGUCUUCUGUCCGCAAACAGGCAUUCCCUGAUGGUUGGAGCGCAUCGUGAAGAUGGUGUUAAUCUAAGGGGCAGCCACUCGCUGGUGCCAAAUCAGGUGUCCGUCCCGCAGUUGCCUGUACAGUCGGCUACAUCACCCGAUUUGAACUCUGGCCAAGAUCCAUACAGGGGUAUCCCAACCGGUCUCCAAGCGCAGGCCGUCUCUCCAGGCAGUUCCGAUAUCAAAUCCGAAGACGAAGGCGACGAGAACCUUCAUGACUCGAAAUCUGGCGACGACAAGAAAUUAGAUGACGACAAGAAGGAUAUCAAAUCAAUUGCAAGGUCAAGAUCUAGCAAUAAUGAUGACGAAGACCUGACCCCGGAGCAGAAGGCAGAAAGAGAGAAGGAGAGGCGGAUGGCAAACAAUGCCCGGGAGCGUCUCCGCGUCCGUGAUAUUAACGAGGCUUUUAAGGAGCUGGGCCGCAUGGUGCAACUUCAUCUGAAGAGCGAUAAGCCACAGACCAAGCUCUUAAUACUGCACCAGGCUGUGGCCGUCAUACUGAACUUAGAGCAGCAAGUCCGAGAGAGAAAUUUGAAUCCUAAAGCUGCCUGUCUAAAGCGAAGAGAAGAAGAAAAGAUUUCCUCCGACCCCUCACCACUGUCCAUGGCAGGUCCUCAUCCUGGGAUGGGAGAUGCAUCAAAUCAUUUGGGGCAGAUGUAAAAAGGUCCAAGUUGUUUUUUUCUUUUUUUUGCGUUUCUUCGUUUAGACAAGAAGCCACUUUCUUAACAGCUGUAUUAUCUUAAACCUACACCAACAUUGCUCCUUUAUCCCUUUUUUCUUUUUGUAAAAUAUAAGACAAGUCGGAGUAGUUACAUGCAGCGCAGACGCAAGAGGUUUCAGCAUUCCCGUUGCAAGAGGAAAAAAAAAAAGCGUGACGCGAGAACUUUCAGCGAAUCGUUAGCGAAUGUUACAAGCAGCACGUUGCAGCCUCGUGACUGGCAAUCUUCUCCACACUGUGGAACCAUGCAUUUGUGCCUAAACUUCUUUUGGAAUAAAAAAAAUAUAUAUAUAA